AUGUGGUCACACCAAAAUCCAAGGAUAUUCUAUAGCCCCCAUAAAAUUUACCAGAGCCUACUUAUGGCCAUGUGGACCCCGACCAGCUCAGGCUGGCAGGCAGCAACCAGUCGACCGACCCGGCCGCCGCCUGUCUGUGCGGAGGUCGGCAGUCAGAUUGUUCUCUGUUAUCUUGGAUGGCGACGCUAUGUCUGGCUCCCACCUGCGAUAAAGUCUUUCUUCACCGUGUUGCUUUUUUGUCAACAUUCCGAUAGCGUCUUCCUCUCCUCAUCGGUUUUCCUCCUCUCUGUGACUCUUGUCACUCAAUUCCUUUUUAUCUAUAAGCCUUCUUUCCUCCUCCUCCUCAUCCUCCUCCUCCUCCUUCUUCUUCUUCUUUCAUUUUCGCUUAUUUUUGUCAUUUUUAUCUCUCUUUUCUUUUCACUUUCACUCAGUUCUGUUUUUUUUUCUCUUACUUUCUCUUCAUGCUUCUCUUUUUCUCUUCUCCUCUUUUUUAUUUUUUCUCUCGUCUUUCCCUUCUUUUUCAUUUUCGUCUUCUUCUCCUUCUCUUCCUUCAUUUUCGUUUAUUUUUAUCUUUUCCUUUUUUAUCUCUACUUUCUUUUCUUUUCACUCUCACUUGGUUCUGUUUUUCUCUCUUACUUUCAUUUCGUGCUUCUCUUUUUUUCUUCUCCAUUUUUAUAUUCUUUUUCUCUCCUUUUUCUCUUCUUUUUCAUUUUCUUCUUCCUUUUCUUCUUUCUUUAUCUUUUUUUUUGUUACGUCUAUUACCUUUCUUUCCUCUUUUCUAUACUCUUUUCUUUUUACCUCUCUGUUUUACUGCUUUCUUUCUUCUUGUUAAUUUACGUUUUUACUCAUUCAUCAUUUCUCUCUUUCAUUUUUUUCUUUCAACUUUUCUCUCGUUUUUCUAACCUAAUUUCAUUCUUUUCUUUCGUUUUCUUUCACUUAACACGUCUUUUUUUUACUAACCUGAACGAUCUUCACUAUCUAUCUAUCUAUCUAUCUAUCUAUCUAUCAACCAGUCUGUUAAUAUCACGCCCGAUUUACUCAUAA